AUGGGGCUUGCUGACUUAUGGGGCCACCAGUGGGCGGGAAUCCUGCUUUCAGCCUCGCUUUUGACCAUGUGGAGUCUGCCAGCUGCAGCCCAGUUCACCACCGGUGCCGACCCACUGGCCAUCACCCAAGAGGGAGAACAGAGAGAAGAGGUGACCCUCUACUGAGACACCAAGGAUGCCAACGUUACCAUCCGCUGGUUAUCCAGCAAUCUCCCCCUCAUGUUCCAUGAGCGCAUGGGGCUGUCCACAGACUGCAAGACCCUCACCAUCCUGCCCAUGCAGUGGGAGGACUACGCGCCUUACAGAUACCAAGCUCAGGGUUUCCACCAGGCCCAGAGCAGUGAUCCUGUCCUCCUGACUGUGCACUCCAUUGCUGAUGAGAUCACUCCUGCUACGGUCGUUCUUGUCCUCCCGGAUGGUCCUGACCCAUUCGAGAUCAAGGUGGAUUCUGGUGUAUCCAGCGGGGGGGGGGUUGAGGUGACAGAGGGCUCCACUGGGACCUUCUCUGUGGAAACACCCUCUCACCCACCUCCUGACUAUUCCUGGUUUUUCCACAAUAAUUCCACCCCAUCUUCUUCCAAGAGAACGGCCACCAUCCAGGCUGUGUCCAUGGAACACAAAGGCAUAUACAGGUGCCUGGUGUCCAACAGUGCCACCCACCUGCUCUGCAUGGCUGCUCUUCCAAGUCCGAGUCCUUGUGAGUCUCUUUUUCCUCCUCACAUUGUGUCCUCAAGCCUGUCUCCCGUGGAAAAUGCCAGCUCCGUGACGCUGACCUGCCAGACCUCCCGCAAGGUGACUGCAGUCCUGUGGUUCCUGAGGGGCCAGGCCCUCGGCCGAGCGAGCACCUGAUGCUGUGCCGGCAACCAGAGCCUGGUCAUCCACGGCCUCCAGCGAGACGACACGGGCCCCUAUGGGUGCGAGGUCUGGAGCCGGGGCAGCCAGGAGCGAAGGGAGCCCCUCACGCUCACCAUCGGCUAUGGCCCAGAUCGAGUGGACAUCACCAGCAGGGCACUGUCUGGGGCGGUCAGCACUAUCCAGGCAGAGCUCAACUCCAGCCUGACCCUGCAGCGUCAGGCAGAGUCCCAGCCGGGCGCUAAGUUUCACUGGACCCUUGAGCACACCACCGCUGUGUAAGUGGGGAAGCAGCUAAUCAUCGAGGCCCUAACCUGGGAAUACGAGGGCAUCUACAACUGCACAGCCUCCAACCCGGUGACACACCUGGCCCGCUCUGCCUCCAUCCUGGUCAGAGUGGCAGGUCCCAGGUCUUCCCUGUCUGCAAGAGUCAUUGCUGGCAUUCCCCUUGCGAUCCUGACUCUCAUUUCCCUAUCCACAGGGCUGGGCUAUUUCCUCUGCAACAGAAACGCCAGAUGGUACUACCCCCAGAACCCCCAGAGCAGUUUUAUGAGGGACCGUCAGUCCAUGCUCCGGUCCUUCUGUCCUGUCCUGCUCCCUUCCAGCAGCCCAGGCUGCUUUCUGUCCCCUUUAGCUUCUCGUUUUCAGGCCGCCUCCUUCCCUUCCAUCUCCUUGCAGGAGCUGCACUCGACUCCGUCUCCUCAUGCCUGA